UAACCGGACUCAAGUUUAUCAAAAUAUACUUGUGUGGAGACUAUAUAUACUGGUGAGAGAGAGGGAAGCAACCGGUGAAUAAAUAUGGCAGAGACUACAAAGGAGAUGCCAAAGUCUUCUCUAUGGGGAGAGGUUGAGGUAGAAGUUGACAUAAAAGCUCCUGCUGCGAAAUUCUACCAUGUGUAUGCAGGAAGACCAGACCAUGUCGCUAAAGCAACUUCUAGCAAAGUGCAGGCAUGUGAUCUGCUCGAAGGGGAAUGGGGCAUCGUAGGCAGUAUUGUCAACUGGAACUACGUUUAUGCGGGGAAGGCAAAGGUGGCAAAAGAGAGAAUCGAAAUAGUGGAACCAGAGAAGAAACUAAUAAAGUUUAGGGUCAUAGAAGGAGAUGUUUUGGCCGUUUACAAGAGCUUCUUGAUCACGAUUCGGGUGACCCCGAAGGAAGGAGAGGUUGGAAGUGUGGUGAAAUGGCAUCUUGAGUACGAGAAAAAUGAUGAGAAUGUGCCUCACCCUUAUAAUUUUCUUCCUUUCUUAGCUGAGAUGACCAAAGAGAUUGACGAACACCUCUUAUCUGAGGAAUAGACAUACUCUUUUGAUAUCUGUUUCUCGUGCUCUCGCUAGAUUAAGAUGCAAUAAAGUUUAUGUGUUCAUUGGAUGAUGAUAUGUUUGGUGUUUGCAUAUUUGAUGUUAAGUUUUAUUUUGUAAAUUACAAGUUGCAGCUUGUAACGUUUGCAUACUUGAUUGCUUUCUUUUGGUUUAGUGCUAAAACUUUAUUACUAUGAA